UAGCAUUGUUUUUAUUUAUUUUCUUUUGAUGACGGCAAGAUGGAAAUAAAUAAUGCACACUCGUCUGUUGAAGGAAAUUAUUGCAAAAUAACAGAAGACCCUGACGUUAUGUUACAAUAUGUUAAUAAAUAUGUAAAUGUUCGUCUUAUUAAAAAAUCUUCCUUCACAGGUUUUGUACAUUCCAUUGACCCUGUAUCGUUCAGUAUUAUUAUAUCAGUACCACAAGAAAAUAAAUAUCAGACUAUAUUGAUACCAGGUCAUGCUAUUUUUGACUUAACAGAAAUAGAAUCAGAUACAAAUACAAAGCCUCCACCAAGGAAAACAACAUUCAAAAUCUGUACAGAAAGUUCAAGAAAAGAAAAUCUUAUUAAAUGGCUUAAAUGGAAUUUAUUGCCAGUCACCGAAGAUGGCGAGAAAAUAGUUUUUGGUAAUGCCAGCAUAUUACCUCCAUAUAGUGUUAUGGACAUAUGUACGGAUAAUCCAAUGGUUGCUAUGCAAAUGAGAAAAAUUAUUGAGAAAAUGCCAGCACACUUUGAAUCAAUGUAAUACUUUUAUUGUAUAUUAUUGUACUUUUUAAUAAUAAACUGCAUAUUUAUUAAAGUAUGUAAGUAGUUUAAAUUAAUAAUAACAAACUAUUACAAAAU